GUUUUCAGCUUUGGAAUGAGACUCUCACCAUGUCAGUGCUGGAGGGGACUUCAGACAUCUCCACAGGCACCUGCUCAGAGCUAAGGAGGAGCCCACACGGAAGAGGAGAAGCAAUGUAUCUGGUGACAUCCAGCUAAUUAGUGGCGGAGGCAGGCCAGGGAAGCAUGACCCAGGGGCCCUGACCCACACCUGCAUCCUUCCCACCAUACUCAACUUUAAUCAAAACACAAAGGACAGCUUGCCUACUUUCUUUAAAACAUGAACUUAUUCAAGAUGCAGGACAAGCUGUCCAAAAGUGCCGUUGCCUGUUUCCUAAAGGAAGAUCACAGUUCCUGGGAGCCCCAAGAUGAAGACAGUAUGAGCAGCCCCUGCUGGCAACUCAAGUGGAGACUGCAUCAGCUGGUUAGAAAGAUGGUUUCGACAACCUUUGAGGAAACCAUUCCUACAUCUCAAGAACAACAACUAAGUCUUACCCCAGGGAGAGACAGAAGGUUGCAACAAGGAGCAGCAGCUCAUGUAACAGGGACCACGCGGAAAAGUUCCAAGGCCUUAGACCUCGCAUCCAAGAAUGAAAAGGCUCUGGGCCACAAACUGCAACACUGGGAGUCAUCGAGGAAAGGACAUUCAUUCCUGAAUAAUUUGCACCUGAGGAAUGGAGAACUGGUGAUCCACCAAGCAGGGCUUUAUUACAUCUACUCCCAGACAUAUUUUCGCUUUCAAGAAAGUGAAGAAAACUCAGGAAUAAUUUCAAAGGAAGAGAACAGAAAGAAAAACAAACAAAUGGUACAAUAUAUUUACAAAUUCACGAACUAUCCUGAACCUAUAAUGCUGAUGAAGAGUGCUAGAAAUAGUUGCUGGUCCAAAGAUUCAGAGUAUGGACUGUACUCCAUCUAUCAGGGAGGUGUGUUUGAGCUUAAAGAAAAUGACAGAAUUUUUGUCUCUGUGACUAAUAAAAGCUUGAUUGACUUGGACCAAGAAGCCAGUUUCUUUGGCACCUUUUUAAUUAACUAAACGAUCUGGAAAGAAACAGCAAUAACUUAAAAGUGAAGAUUCAUUCUUUAAGACAAAAGACGAUGAAGAUGUAUAGAAUUUGUGAAGAGGAGCACCACAACUGGAAGUCUCCAAAAUACACAGUUUUAACAUCUCUGAAGCAGGAACAAAUUCUGAACAGCUUGUGCUUCUCACCUUCAAAAGUCAGCUUGGCCAACAUCACCGGAAUGGAGGAAGUGACUCCUCUGAACAGGGGAAGAAAUGGGCCAGGCAUUUGGGGACCCCACUGUCACUCUGGAUCCAAAUGUGAAGGCUCACUCUCCCACUCGCACCUGUCUCUGCACCUAUGAGACCUCUAGACCUUGCACUGGAACUGCAGAGCCUUGAGCCAGAAUAUACCUCUCCCCACUGCUUCAGUAGCUAGGUGCAAAGCAUUCUGUGGUGUGCGUGGGUCACCUGGGCCUUUU